AUGCAUCACAGGGUCAAAGCUAUUCUUGACGCUAAUCGCAACUCCCUCAUGCUGCUCGAUCUGAAAUUCAGCAUUGGAACCCUCGGGCUGGCCACAGGCACUCUGUUUUCUGCGCUGUACGGAAUGAACUUGAAAAACUUCAUUGAAGAAUCUGACUUUGGAUUUGGAGGAGUUUCUGUGAUUUGCUUUGCUCUCACUGCCGUUGUCUGUGUUUACGGGCUUGCCAAGCUCCGUAAGCUUCAGCGUGUCCGCAUGUGGGGUGAAUCCGGCGUCGGAGGCACCUCCUUGGCUCCCAUUUCUCCGAGGAAAGGCAUUCUCGCGGGGCAUCGCGCAAACUGGCGCGCGGAUUCAAUUGAACCGGUCUGGGGCAGUCUACCUGGUGAGGCACGGUCUGAGCGCAUCCGACGACUACGCGAGAAUGCGGCAGCAUCUGCCGCCAAUUCAGCCUCUAGGACACCCGGAACCAGCUUCCCAAGUGCGUCUGGAGAGACGCUUCGAUCUGAAAGCAAGAAUGCUGAACAGAACCAGAAGCGCUCUGCUUCUGACAUCGGGAUCGGCACAGAGCCCACAGUCUAG